CUACCUAGAGUCUUACCCCGGGUAUCAGUGUAUGUGGCGGUUUCAACACAUGUAGAAUAUUCAUUUUUCCUUCGAAUUCAAGUAUGAUUUUUGGAAUUGAAAUAACACCGACGCUGUGCUACCUGGCAGUAGGUGCCAUCCUCACCGGAGCAUUAUUCCUCCUCAUUCUCCUCGAGCUCUACAUCUACCUGACAACAGGUGUCUGUAAAAGCCCGAAAAAAAUGAACGGUAAAACUGUAAUCGUAACCGGAUGCACCUCGGGCAUCGGCCGAGAAACAGCGAGGGACCUGGUAAAGAGAGGAGCUAGAGUUAUUAUGGCAUGCAGAAACGUGGAAAUGGCAACAAAACUGAAGGAUGAAUUCGCCAGUGAGACUGGUAACAACGAUAUUAUCGUACGGAAACUGGAUCUGUCGUCGUUGAAAUCAGUGCGAGAAUUCGCUGAUGUCGUUAAUCGUGAGGAGAGACGAUUGGAUGUGUUGAUUCAUAAUGCCGGUACUGCUGAGGUAUUCAGAAAGAAAUUAACUGAGGACGGAUUAGAAGCGACAAUGGCUACUAAUCAGUAUGGGCCAUUUCUGCUGACACAUCUACUUAUAGAUUUGCUGAAACGCUCAGCACCAAGCAGAAUCGUCAUAGUCGCCUCGUGCAUGUACCGUAUAGCUUCACUGAAUCUUGAAAAUGUCAAUCCAACGGGUUCGCUCCCCGCGUACCUCUACUACGUAUCGAAAUACGCGAACCUCGUCUGGGGUCUCGAGCUCGCCAAGAGGUUGGAAGGAACCGGGGUGACCGUCAACUGCCUUCAUCCGGGUCUGAUUGACAGUGGAAUCUGGAAGAAUGUGCCAGCACCGUUAUCCUGGGGAGUGCAGCUCAUCGUCAAGGGUUUCUUCAAGUCCCCAGUCCAGGGGGCUCAAACUACUAUACAUCUCGCGGUUUCCGAUGAAGUUAAUGGCGUCACUGGGAAGUACUUCGCAGACUGUCGUGAAGCUUCAUUGACUGAUGGGGUCAAGGACCCCGCGAAGGGGAAGAAAUUCUGGGAGCUCAGUGAGGCUCUCGUCGAGUUGCAGCCGUCAGACCCCAAAAUAUGAGAGAUUUGGGUCUCUCCUUAUUUUUGACAAAAUACUCGUUUUUUUAUAGCUGUUAGAAGUGAUGUUUAAGUAUGUUGUCAGUGUACGUUGUCAGUGAUUGUGUGUUCACUGUUUGUGGUUAAAAUGGGAUAUUUCAUGGAUUUUUUAAAAAUUCUUUAAUUCGAUAUUUUAUCGAUUUUAUUGGAUUUCUACUGAACUUUCUAUUGGUUUUUGGGCGAUUCUAUUGGAGUGUUCAAUAGAAAAUAUUCCGUAGAGAAAGACAAUAGAAUGCGAUUUUUCUAUCCAAAUCAUUCUGUUGAAAUAUUUUUUAUAGAAUUUCUUCGGCUCAAAUUUUUCAAGUUUUUUGUAGUGUCUCUUUAAAUUUAAGUAGUCUAACGUCUCUCAAACCAAUCCAUAUUAUUUCUGCUGUUGUCUCGCUGGAAGAUUCGAAAACUUUCGGAAUGAUUCUACAAUCGAUAGGUGUAGGUAUAAUGCCCGACCGAAACACAACGAGGACCAGUACAAAUUCUGCGCCUAAAUUCUUCACCUGUUUGUAAAACGUCAUCUAAAUUCAAAUAAAUUUUUAUCUUUAAA